UCUCUCUCUCUUUUGUUCCCUCCUAGCUGUUCUGUGUUGUUGAUCUGCAUCAUGGCUCUGUUGCUUCUCCUCCUCCUUUAAUCACAGCUGUAUCUCUCUGUUAUCGGACUUGAUAUCUCCAUCUCUUCCUCUUUUACCUGUUGGGCUUCUGCUCCCUCUCUCUCUCUCUCUUCAUCAUGGAUCUGUCCUUCAUGGCAGCACAGAUCCCUGUAAUGACAGGAGCCUUCAUGGACUCGUCUCCAAACGACGACUACAGCACGGAUCACUCGCUCUUCAACUCAUCGGCCAGCGUCGCUCUUCACCAGCAGGAGGCGCCGCAGAGGGUUUCCCGUGACGCCAUCUGGCUCUGGAUCGCCAUUUCUGCCACCAUCGCUAACAUCGUGGUGGUUGGAGUCGUCUACGCCUGCACCUUCUGAAAGCAGGAACUUUGGGGAACAAGCGUGGGAUCACGCUCCACAACGUUCUUUUCCAUUUCAACACAAAUCAAGGUCAUGAGUCCAGAUUCAGAUGCUAAUUAAUUGUUUUGUUGUUGCUACAAGGUGAUGGAGAUUAUAAUGAUCUGAUCAAUUAUCACACUUCAAAUGUUAAACUUUCAGACAGAAAUAUCUGACUAGAAGAGUGUUCAGUAAAUAAAAACAGUUCAUUAAAAUUUUUACUCUUCAGCUACAAAAUGCUGAAAUUAUUCUGGCUUAAAAUCAGUAAUCACUUUAAUCACCUGCUCAGGUGAAUACCUCUGCUCCUUUCACACGCCUCAAACCCGGAUUAUAAUCUGAGCAGUUACAUAAACAACAUGCAUUUACCCGCGUAAACAAACACGUCACUGCGACUGGAAUCUGAUUGGUGCAUUAGGCAUUAAUAUGCAAAUGAGCUCAUUUACAUAGUGUUGUUAUUUUGGUAGAUAUUUUAUAAAUAUUAUUUGAUUUUAUUUUAAAAUAAAAUUAAGAUUAUAAUCAGAUUUAGAUCAGACUCCACACAGAUGAAGAGUCGAACUCGAGCAGGACAGUGAAAUACACGACAUUUAAAACUCUUAGCAAAGGUUAUAGAUUCUAAAUGUGACUUUUGCAGUAAUUUAAUAAAUUAUCUUAAUAAAUCAUUAGGUUUCGUCUGAGCAGAGCAGCCCUAAGUGCUUUAGGAAGAAAUUAAACAUUCCACAGUCACCACUCCAUACUGCAGAGAUUAAAACUUUUCCUCUGAUUUAUUUAUUUAUUUUUUACAUUUAUGAAGUGAAUUAAACUCAUGUUUACAACACCAUCUGAUUCAUGUAGCACAUCUACACUUCAGUUUAUUGACAUUUAUUUUCUUCAGGCUAUAAAAGUGAUUUGAUUAUUCAGAUUAUUUUGCCUGGAUACAGGAUAUUUAUUUAUUUAUUUAUUUAUUUAUUUAUUUAUUUAUUUAUUUAUUUAUUUAUUUAUUUAUUUCAUUUUCUUUUGUCUGGAUACAGGAUUUGCCCCAUUUAUUUAUUUAUUUAUUUAUUUAUUUAUUUAUUUAUUUAUUUAUUUAUCUAUUUAUCUAUUUAUUAUUAUUAUUUUUAUUUAUUUAUUUCAUUUUCUUUUGUCUGGAUACAGGAUUUUUUCCUACACAUUAUUGCUGAGAUUAUUUGUACUCACACACAAAAAUAAUUUUAUUAUAUAAAUGAAUUAAUUUUUUUUUAUAUCUGAUAUGCAGAAGUGAUGGUGAAUAUCACAACACACAAUUCUGCAUUAACAUUUAGUGCUCAACAUUUCGAGAUUUAUUUAGUUUAUUUGUUUAUUAUGUAUAAGGACAGGGUUGUAGAAGAGCAUAUUUAAUGUUGUAUAUUAAUUUAACAUUUUAAGUAUUUUUUUUGUUGUUGUAGUUGUUUAAAGUGCAGUUUAAUCUAGAGGUUCUGACAGUAUUUUUAUCGAGCUGUAAUGAUUUUCUGUUCAAGUUUUUAGAGAAACUAAACAAACAGAAGAAGAAAUUGUGUAAUAUUUCUGAAGAUUUUGUAUAUAUAUUGGAUAUUUUCGCCUUUAGCAGGCCGACUGUGUAUGUACGUAUUUUUUGAAGCUUUAAAUGUAUAGAAUACACAGAAUGCUAUUUUAUCUCUUUUUGUCUCUGCUUGAGUUUGUUGAUGACUUUUGAUAUAGAAAUUAAAUCCUCAUUAGAAUCAAA